AAAGUUGGCAACAUUUGGAAUUGUUAACACAACGGAUUCACAGUAUACAAAAUAUCACUAGGAUAGUUUGUCUCCGUACUUUUGAUUCAUCUUUGAUAUUUUAAGCUAAAAACCCUGGAGACCACUGAUGCUGAUUUACACGCGCCAAGUUUUCAAAAUCAGACUAGUUUUCCACACGCUUUAUCUCUGAAACGAAGUCCGUGACCCCCAUUUCUUUUUCAUUUCUGAAACAAGUAAUUUAUUAUCUCUCCGCAGUAGAGGUUUGAAGAAAAUCUAUCGAGUAGAACAUUUUCGCGCGAACGUCCUUAAGUAACCAUUGAACAGGCUCACCUUUAAGUCAAGCUCGUGAGCGGCGAAGAGCAAAGCGUUUCGGCGAGAAGGAGUCUGGUGAAGAGGUUCGCCAACCCCUAUUAAGCGGCCACCUCCCAUUUCCCCGAUGGUGGCCGCUUAAUAGGGGUUCGACUGUAUUCGGUUCACCGAUGACUUCAUAAAAAACAACUCCCUACCCUCAACAUUCUGCCCUAAAAAUACCACCUACUGGACUGCCAGUUGCGUUCGAGAUUUUAAUUAUCUUUUGUAAUUUCGCUACAGAAAGCUGCAAAGAUCUGAAAUACGUAAACAUAUAUGUAUUUGCCGACCGGGAGGUCCGUAUUUAAUGGGAAAAACUGUGCCGACGUCUUGAGUUAGGCGUGCGCCGAGGGCACAGUUUUCACAAUACGGAUCGACCAAGGCCGGAAGAUAAUGUGUUUAUGUUUUUUCUCUGCGGUAUUACUUAGAAAGCUUCUUUUGUGUUGAAUUUUAAUUAAAGCCGUUCAGUUCAAAUCGGUCGGGCACAAAAAGCGAUACUGCUUGCAUAAUUAAUUGCUUGACUCUGUGCUGAAUGUUUCGAUUUUAAGUUGUUUUACGGCGUAACAAAACAGCAUAAAAAGUUACCAAAGCUAGAAAUUUCGGAGCAGUUCAUACUUGAGGUCCCGAUGGAAAAUACGGAUAACUUGAGUGCGCGCAUUAACCAAUCAAACUCAAGGAUGUAGGAUUUCGGAGCGCCGAGAAGCUGGAGAAAAAAUAAAUCCUGUUAUCUCGGUAACUGCAUUGUACGACGUAAAAACAAAUGUUCUACACUUUGUACUUUAAGUAAAUAUUGCUUACACCACCAACACGAAACCAAAAUAAAAGUUUCAGAGAAUUAUUCAGAUACUGUUAGUAAAUGUUUAUCAGAAAAGGAACCUGCGAGGCUUCUGGUACGUUGCCAAUGAUUAACACCGAUUGUUUUACGAAACAUUCACUAUAGCUACCACUAAUUACAAUUGAGCAAACUCGACAAAUUUGGUAAUAAAAUUUUGUAAUAUAAUUCCAAAGCUUGUUCUCUGUUUCUUCUUCAAAAGGUCGCUACCGCUAACGGUGACAACUCUAAUUAACGAUGUUCUAAUUACUGACCAGCUCCCCGGUUUAAGUAUCACCCUCGUGUUUAAUUGCCAGCUGUUCAUUUCAAGUUGGCAGCUGCCGAGUACGACGAGUCGUGAUCCUUCUGGCCACAGGAUCGAGCACAGUGGGCGGUUGUGUGCCUUCCGACAGGCUUUUCGUUAAUCUCCGGGUAAAUUUGGAGACUUACAAACUGUGAGAACAUCCAUCAGUGAACACGUAAACUGCUGAUUAAAGUAGAUAGCAGUUGUGAUCUCAGUCCGGUGCGGAUGAUCGUGUUGGUUGUCAAUUGUCAAACGUAAAAGCAAUUGUCGGCUCUAAUCAGAAACGAUGGAAAAUAACACCUCCAAAGAACUUUCUCAUUUUAGCAAAGAAAGCAACUCAAUAUCAACUCAGGACAUAAUUUUUGCUGCGCUGUACGCGGGUAUCGUCAUUCCUGGUGUAGUUGGCAAUGGAAUGGUAAUCACCAUCGUGCGAAAAACGCCAUCAAUGCACACAACAACAAACUAUUUACUCUUGAACUUGGCGGUGGCCGACUUGUUAACUUUACUUCUCUGUCCUGGACUUUAUGACUUUGCUUUAACCAAAGUUCGACUGGAAGGAUUCUCAGGGGAUCUGGUCUGCAAGCUUUUUGCUGGAAAUGCAGUUGUUCCAGUCACCAUCAAUGUAGCUGUUCUUACAGUUUGCACAAUCUCAGUAGAAAGAUAUUUGGCGCUUCUGAGACCUUUUCAAUCUAAUUUGAGGAUAAGCGAGGAUAAAGUGAAAUACGUUAUAGUAGCACUAUGGUUUCUUGCCUUCUUAUCUUGCAUCCCAGACAUUCAAGCCAAUACGUUUGACACCACAUCUUCCAAAUACCCAUGCAAACGUCCUUGGAGUUUGGACGAGUAUUUCCUCCACAAGCCCUUCAUCAUAUUCACCUGUGUUGGUUUUGGCAUUGUAAGCUCCCUUAUACUUUUUAUUUGUCAUUUCGAAAUCGUGCGCGGUUUGUAUUUCGCAAAAACAAUCUUCUCAGAAUCAACGAUUACGGAGGCAGAAAGACGAGCAAAGAGGCAACUGGCUCGCCUUCUUAUCUGGUUGGCACUUGUGUUCGCUGUUUGUUCUCUGCCAUUUUCUUUUUACUUUAUUUUCUUGAUCUCCGCCGAUUUCAGGACUGUGCAGAAAAAUUACGAAAUAUUAUUCUCACUGCAUAGAUUAUCUCGGUUUCUACUUUUCUCGAAUUCGUUUUUAAAUCCAAUCUUGUACGCUUUACAAAGCUCAAACUUUCGUGACGGAUUCAACUCUAUUUUUAAUUUAGGGCCACUCGGCUGUAAGCCUUGCGCAAAGAAUAGGAAUUCUGUCAGAAAUGUAAGUUUAACUGGUUUUACUCAAGCUGAGGUAGCGGAAAAUUAUGUUUUGGAAACUAACGUUGAUGUAAUCGCAGGUGCUGAAACUAAUGACUAAAAUAUGGCCAAAGAUUCGUUUGCAUGUCGCUCACCAGUCGGUUGUUUUAAUUGAAAAACUCUCCAACUUUCGGAAAUAAUAAAAUUGAACAUCGGUGGUGAAAACUGAAAACUGACGACUGUUUGCGUAAGCUAAUGUGUAAUAACCGAAGUAUGUUAAGUAAAUCUGACAUCUCUGUUCCCUGUACAAACAAAUGUUAAAUUAAGUUUUACACUGACAUGUUCGUUAGUUAUUACAUGUAAGAUACAUGAUGCUAUUUGCAACUCAUUGCAAAUAAAUUAUGAGGGCUUUCAACUUAAGGCAGGGUUUUAUGCAUGAAGAUAGGUAUUUUUCUGGUAGGCAAAGUUUUGUAUUUUGAUCAAGAAAUAGAUAACUAAGAAAUAUGUAGUGAGUAAUGUU